UUAACAAUGAAGAAGAUCCCUGCUUUAUUCGACUCAGAUAGUUCAGCAAAAAAAAGAGCCAAGUCUCCAAUGCCUAAAAGACUUAAUUCUCCUAGAAACGUGCUGUCUGAAAACACUUCUAAUAUCAAAGUCUUUGCUCGCUUUCGUCCUUUAAACAAAAUGGAAGAGAACAACCCCUCUUAAGACUUUUGCAUCUUUCCAGAUAUACACACAGUCCUCCUUUAGCCAGAUGUGAUCCAUACAUUUGAUAGAGUCUUCCCUCCUACUUCCAAUCAAUUAACAGUUUAUGAUUCAGUUGGAAGAGAUGCAAUUUAGGAUGUUCUAAAUGGAUACAACAGCACUAUCUUUGCUUAUGGGUAGACUGGAUCAGGAAAGACAUACACAAUGUUUGGAGAAUUGAGAGAUUCUAAUGGACAAGGAAUAAUACCAAGAUCAAUGUAUUAAAUUAUACUUAAUAUUUUAGUUAAGAGAUAUUCACUUACAUUAAUCAAAGUGAUCCAGAAUGUGAGUUUGUAUUAACUUGUUCAAUGCUUGAAAUUUAUAAGGAAACCUUAUUUGAUUUACUUUCAUUGUAGCGUCCAGAUUUAAAAAUAAAAGAGAGUGCAACCAAGGGUAUUUAUGUCGAAGGACUAACUCAAUUAUCAUUAUAAAGUCAAGAUGAGUUGCUUAGAAUUGUAGAACUAGGAGAAUAGACAAGAAAAGUAGCUGCUACAAGAAUUAAUUAAUAUAGUUCUAGAUCACAUACUAUUUUCAUGUUGGAAAUCAAAUAGAGAUUACCAAAUGAAACUGAAAAGAAAGGAAAACUAAAUCUAGUUGAUUUAGCAGGUUCAGAAAAGGUAGGCAAAACUGGUGCUUAAGGGGAAAUCCUAGAAGAGGCUAAAAAGAUUAAUUUAUCGCUUUCUUGUUUAGGGAAUGUUAUCCAUGCAUUGACUACAAAUAAUGACCAUAUUCCAUAUAGAAAUUCUAAAUUGACUAGAAUUUUAUAGGAAUCUUUGGGUGGAAACUACAAAACUUCUUUAGUAAGAAAUUUUAUAAAUAUCAUUAUAGAUAGUCACGUGUUCAUCACACGUAACCUCUAUGGAUGAAACCAUAAGCACGUUAAAAUUUGCAUCAAGAGCUAAAUCCAUCAAAAAUCAUUAUAAAAUGAAUGUGAAGAUGUCUUCAGAGAUGAUGCAAUAGAUGAUAAAAGAUUUGAAAUUACAAUUAUAAUUAGCUCAUCAGGAAUUAGAAUAGUUAAAGAGAAAGUCAAUUUUAGAUAUCCCGAAUGAAAAUAAUUUGAUCAAACAUUACGAUUCUUAAAUAAAUUAAGAGAAAGGGAAUAAAUCAAAGCAUCCAUCAAUGAGUCUAAUGACGGAUAAAUCUUGUCUUUAAAUUGAUUUAUCAUUCUUUUCAUCAAAGAAAGCUUCUUAACCAGAGAAUAUUAUUGAAUAAAAAGAGAAUGAGAUAAAUUAUUUAAAAUAAAUUGAUGAUCUCAAAAUACAAUUAGGGUAAUCUAAAAUGGAAUGUUAGAGAAAACAAGUCAAAAUAACUUAAUUAAAUUAAAAAAUUGAGAGUUUGGAGAAGAUGGUUAAUAAAUUGUAAAGAGGAGAAAACAAUAUAAGAGCAGAAUAUAAUUAAAUUUUAUUUGAUGAAAUUAAUUCAUUAAAUGAUUAGUUGAAUAUCUUAAAUAAUGAUAUAGAUGAUUAUCAAAAUAAUUAACUUAAGGAUAAAAUGGAUUAAAUAAACAUUGAUUAUUCUAGAAAAUUAGAAUAAAUUAUCAAUGGAGAAAUUACCUAAAGUAAGCUAACCAAGAUAAUUACUAAAUCUUAAACUAUUGAAUAAGUUAUGCAAAAGCUAUCACUUUAAAACUUAUUGAACACCAUCCAUAGAGCAAUUACUACAAAUCUAGUUAAUUUAAAAUUGCCACUUGAUGUUUCCAAAAAAAUAUCUGAUAUCAUGGAAGAAUCUCUUAAACAUCCACUUAUUGAGUAAGGAGUUAUGGAUUACAUAACCAAUUAUGAAUCCAUGAAACCUAAUAGAUGUGAAGAGUAAAAAAUUGAGGCAUUAAAAUUAGAUAAAUAAAGAUACUCUUAGGAAAGGUAAAACUUAGUUGAGUAUGUUGAAAAACUAAAGGACAGAAAUGAUCAAUUGUUACAAGUAAAAAUAAAAAUAUAUUUAGCAAUUAAAAAGACAAAAUCUUAUAAUUUAAUAGAAAAUGACAUAAUUUCAAUUAAUGGAGUCUAAAUACCACGAACCUACAACUCCUCUUAUGGUUAUAGACAACUAAAGACCCGUCUCACAACAUAGUGACAGAUCUUUAUGCAAGCCAAAUACAGCAAGGAAACCAUCAACCUUUUUUAGAUAUGAAGAACUGUUAUGAUUGGUUUUUACUUGUUAGUUAGAAAUUAA